AUAUUCAAUAAAACAAGGAUUUUUUAAUAUAAACUAACAAGUGUUUAAUUGUGUUGAGUUAAAGGUUUUCAAUUUUUUUUUACUCACUAUGAUGAUACCGGAAAAAAGCCGCUUUCUUGUAUUUGCUUUGGGCAUAUUCUUUUGUUAUUUCUUGUAUGGGAUUCUGCAAGAGAAAAUAACGCGUGGACGCUAUGGCCAACAAACCAAUGAAGAUGGUAGCAUAGGCGAGAGAUUCUCCUAUGCACUGGCUCUAGUGUGGGUGCAAUGUUUCUGCAAUUAUCUCUUUGCCAAAGGUUUAUUAACCGUAAGACCACAAAAAGAAGACACAACACAUUCGGGUUACUAUGCUGUCAAUGCUCUUACUUAUUUGCUGGGCAUGGUCUCCUCUAAUAUGGCCUUGCGUUGGGUUCCUUAUCCCACCCAAGUUGUGGGCAAAUCUGCCAAACCUAUACCAGUUAUGAUUUUGGGUGUUCUAAUUGGCCGUAAGGUGUAUUCCGUGACACGUUAUGCCUGUGUGACUGUCAUUGUAUUGGGCGUUGUGUUGUUUAUGUAUAAAGAGGGCAAGGCCUCUACGGUCGAGUCAUAUGACAGUAACGCCGUCUUGGGUCAGCUGUUGUUGAUCUUGAGUCUGUCUAUGGAUGGUUUGACGGGUGCUGUACAGGAUCGUUUGCGAUCAUCAAGUGCACCCUCGGGUCAGCAAAUGAUGUUGGCCAUGAACUUUUGGAGUUCCAUAAUGUUGGCUGUUGCCUUGAUAGUCUCAGGUGAAGGCAUAGAGUUCAUACACUUUGCCAGCCGUCACCCCGAACUCUGGAGCCAUUUAGGUUUGCUGGCGCUCUGUGGCUGCUUGGGCCAAUUGUUCAUCUUCCUAAUGGUGGCUGGGUUUGGCCCACUCGCCUGCUCCGUCGUCACUACCACCCGUAAAUUCUUUACCGUCUUGUGCUCGGUUGUUUUGUUUGGCAACGUUUUGAUAGCACGUCAAUGGUUUGGUGCUGUACUCGUGUUUGCCGGUCUUUUUGCCGAUAUGUUUUAUGGCAAAAACACAUCAGCAGCCGGCAAAAAAGCCACUGCAGUGAAAGACAAAGAUUAUGAGGAGAAAAAGAAAUUGUCAUCCUAGAAAUUGGUGCCGUUGCCACAAACUGCAGCAGCUCCUUUACAACCAUAUAAGAUUACAGUGUAAUUUUAUUCCAUAGACAAACAGCCUAACCACAAAAGACAUUUUAAAGUAAAUUGCUGUUAAAGUCGACUUUUCGGAUUUUGUGGUUGACAGGCUUAAAGUUUUUUUAUUUAAAUUUUUAUACAAAAUAAUAAUUAUUUCAAAAGAAAUGAAUAAUUUAAAUUAAAUUAUGAUUUCUAACAGUGCAAAUUAGUAAAAUCAACAUAAAAAUCAUAAAGUAGUCCACAGCUGUUACACUUUACUUGGCCAAAUUAAAGCAUGUUUUCUUUGGCCAUUUAAGUUAACUCAAGAAUUUAUAUUUUUAAAAUAUAAUAGACAAUUAUUUUUAAUUUUAAAUUAUACUAAAUUAGAAAGACUACUAAAAUGUGUCAAAAAUUCACCGACUAAACUUCAUAAUAAUAAAGUUUGCUUACAAAUUAAUUUCUUUAAAUUAUUAGUGAAAUUUUAAAAGAAAUUAGAAAUUAGCUCAAUUUGUUUCACACUUUAAUGGAAAAUUUUAUUAAAGAAAAUCAUUUCUAAACUAAAGACCAAACAUAUUUGUAGAAAAAUUUGUUGAUAAUGUUGUGCAAUUGCUGCAACAUCAGUUGACUUUAAAAAUGUAGUGUAAUUAUUGUAAAAAUUAACAAUAAGAUAGUACUGCAAUAAAAUUAAACUAAACUAAAUAAUAAAAGAAUAAAGAAA